UUUUGUUUCGCUGUCUAUGACCAUUCAUCAGCUAGCUAUAUUCAGCGACGGGUUUGUGUUAAUGGAUAACAGCUUUAUUAAUAAGCUAACAAUGUAUUUUCUUUUUUACCGAGUAAAGUUACUGAUAGCUAGCUAACCUAGCUGGCGUUAGCGUUAACGUCCGUGCUAACAUUUAGACUGUGCCAAUGCCAACUGAGACUCGGUUAAAACAUUAACAUUACCUCUAACUUUAGUUGAGUCAUGAUGUCAACCACUUACAGUCAGGCUUGGUUUGUCUUUCUUCUUUCGGUCACAUUAGCUAGCUUACUAGCUUGCUACAGGAUGAGUGCCGGACGGGCAUCUGAGGGCGCUGGCUGCAUCACCUGGUGGGGCUUAAGCCCCGCACGCGACCUGCUGAGUACAGGCCCUGUGAGACUUGAAGGGGAGGUCAAUGUUUUACUGGUUGGCAGUGGAGAUCCACGACAUAUUUUGAAAACCAUUUCUGGUUUGCGGGACCACGACAUCCUUCAUGUGUGGGUGAUAGAAAACAGCAUGGAGGUGGUGGCUCGACAGCUGCUGCUCCUCUACCUGGCACUGAUGCCAAAGGAAUGCAUGGGAAAUAAUGAGAAGACAGAGGUUUUCUUGGAGGUGUUUGGGAACGGUGAGAUCCGCAGUCAGACAGAACAGACACUGAGACGUGCAGCAUCACAGCUCUCUCUGUCGGUUACUGACACACUGGAGACGGCCACACACCCCUGUCUGAACACAAGUCUUCUCAGGUUUAAGGAGCGAGAUGAACUGGCCAGGAUAUUCAAGUUGUGGAUCCAGCCUGAGCCUUCAACAUCUUCAUCUAAGUGCUCUGCCCCUAUCUUAAUGUCCAAAGCCUGGGAUUAUCGGGUCAGGCAGCACCUUGGAACACGCUACGACUCCAAGAGGAGCUGCUUUGACUGGGACCUUACAAUGAAACUGCACGAGAAAGGGUGUGGUGUCAUCAACAAACAACACUAUACGCAAUGGAGGGAACGGGGUUUGGCGUUCGAAAGGAGGGAAGGUGUCUACCAAAUAACCAAUCCAAGUUUGCUCUCUUCAAGAGUGUUCAAUCAGAGAGGGGACAAAGUGGCUGUCAGGGGUUACUGGGGAGACAUUGUUUCCAGUCCUUACCUCUCCUUUGGCAUUGAAACUGACGACAAAAGCCUGCUGAAGACACAGAAUGGACAACAUGUCAAGACAGCCCAGGACAUCUCCUUUGCAAACGUACAGGAAUUGUUCCAGUCGCUGUCCAGUAGACGGGGCUGCCCCACCACUUUUCAAUCAGACGCAGAGACAAAGGAGCCAUCCCCAGAGGCUGAUGGAAAAUCUGUCAGCAUUAAUGACUUGAUGUGUCUGAAUGGGAUCUCUGUGACCUUCCUGCCAACGGACUCCCUUUAUAAACUGCCAGAAAAACAGAAAUACUCCCACUUCUUCAACAUUAUCUACUUCUCUGCCAGCUGCGUGCACCAGUUUGGCCCGACGACGAGACAGAUUGCAGCACCAGACGCUGUGAUUGUCGUGGAGUUGGCCAAGUACAUUUUGGAUGUGAACAAAGAGCAAGAAGCAUGCUUUGCAAAGAAAGUGGUGAGCAUUGCUCUGGAGGCUGAAUUUGAGCCGUGGCGUGAGGGGAAGAGUGAUGACGUCCAUGCUGUUUUCGUACCACAGAGGAAGUAAAGGUGCUUCCCUUCCUUUGCUGCCAUUGUCAGCAGCUUUACCUUCACAAUAUGCAACAGUCAACAUGAUAUUGCAGACAGAGAUAAUUUAUUUUUCAUUCAUAAGGAAGUUACC